AUGAAAAAUUUAAUUGUCAUUUGCUUUUUAACCAUGGUCUUAACACAACAAGUUAAACACACAAAUCAAUGUAAUGAUUGUGGAUAAUUAAAAUCACAGAAUGAUUGUGAAUAAGAGACUACUGUAACAGGAGCUUGCGAAUGGGUGGCGGCGUCAGGAACAACUCCAGGAAAAUGUUAGAAAAAAACAACUGUUGAUCCAGUCACUUCAUUCAAACCUUAUUGUGAACUUAUUGAUAAACCAGAAACAGACUGUGCUAAAACAUUUGGUUGUUCUUAUAUUGAUAUGAAAUGUACACAUUUUACAGGAUGUCAAGCAUAUAUUAAAACAACAACUACAGAUUGCUAGGCAAUAUAGUAUUUAUGUGUUAGUGAUGGAAAUACUUGUAUUCAAGCUAAAGAAUGCAAAGAAUAUACAUAAUAAUAAUGCGAAUCAACUCCUAGUGUCUCAGGAAUACUUAAAUGUAAAUGGGAUACAAAUUCUGGAGCUUGUAGAGAUUAUGCAUGUUCAGAGGCAGAUGAUAGCUUAAAUACUGAUGAAAAAUGUUCAGCUUGGUUAGCUGGUUGUGUGACAAAAGGUUAAGGUUGUGUUAAUACACCAAGACCUGCAUGUGCUACUUAUACAGGAGAUGAUGUUGCAUGUUAAUCAUUUAUUGGAUCCGAUGGAAAUUGUGAAUUAGCUACUGGUACUACAAAUUGUAAGGCCAAGGAAUGUGUUAAUGCUCCAACAUCAUUAAGUUCUGAUGAUGAUUGUAAAGCCUAUUAAAAAGGAUGUAUAACAACAGGAAAAGGUUGUGUUUUAGCAACAACAAAACCAUUAUGUUCUACAUAUUCAGGGAAUAAUACAACUUGUCUUGGAUAUAUUGGAUCAGAUGAUGUUUGUGAAGGUGAUGCUGGUGGUUCUAAAUGUAGAGCCAGAAAAUGUGAAAAUGGAGCAUUCAAUACAGAUGAACUUUUUUAAUAAUAUUAAAGUACUUGUAGGACAAAUGGCAAGAAUUGUGUUUCAGCAUUUACAGCUUGUAAUACAUAUAAAGGUACUGCCACCACUUGUGCUGUAUAUAUUGGUACUGAUGGAUAUUGCAAAGGAACAAGCACAACAACUGAAGCUUCUUGCUUCCAAAGGUUUACGAUGAAGCUCCAGAUACAACAACUACUGAUGAUGCUUGUAAUAAAUAUUAAAUUGGAUGUGUUACUACAGGAAAAGGAUGUGUUACAAAAACUAAUUUGAAAUCUUGUACUACUUAUGAUGGUGAUGCUACUAGUUGUUAAUCGAGAGUUGGAUCUGAAGGUAAAUGUACAUGGAAGACUGGAACCAAAUGUGUUGCUAGAGAUUGUACUUAAGCAGCAACCAAUUUAAAUACUAAUCCUCUUUGUGCCAAUUUUUUCACUAAUUGUGUUAAUACUGGAUCUGGAUGUGUUUCAUAAACUACUUGUGACUUGACUGUCAAAUAAUAAAGUUGUGAAGGUACUAAUAAUUGUUCAUGGUAACCUCUUUGUAGUAGUAAUUCAAACUGUAGUGAAUUUAAGAAAAAAUCAAUAUGUUUAGCAAAUUAAGCUAGAGUAAGGACUUUUGAUAAAAAUGAUCAAAAUGGAAAUCCAUUAUAUAUUUUUGUAUUAUAAAAUUAUAAAAUUCCUUAUUAUAUCCAAAAAAUGUGGUUGGUUGAACAAUUCUUGUAAAGAAUUGUCUUGCUCAGAUUUAACAGGAGCUUAUUAUAAUAAUGAUUCUAAUUGUGCAGCAGAAUUAUCAAUAUGCAUUAGUAAUAGAAUUGAUACUUGUAUAACUAAAUAUGAAUGUAGUAAACUUUCAGGAACAUAAUCCACUUGUUUAAGUUAUCCAGGUUAUUGUACUAAUUCAUUAACAGCUACUGAUACUACUCCUUGUAUAUAAAGAAAGUGUUCAGAUAAUACAGAAGCAACUGAUAAUGCUACAUGUGCUUCAUUCUUACCUGGAUGUAUUAGUAAUGGAAAAGGUUGUGUUGAUUACACUACUCCAUGUACAUCGAUGAAAGGAACUUAAGAAACAUGUAAUAAAAUAUUUGCUUAUAAGACUGGAUCUAUUGAUAACUUUACAACUAAUUAAUGUUAUAACAGUUCAACAGCCACUGAAAAUGAUUAUUGUAAAAUCAAAACAUGCAAAUUAGCAGAAAAUUAAAAUGAUGGUACAUGUGGUUCAUUUUUAGAAGGAUGCGUUUAUAAUGGAAAUGGAGGAUGUGUUGAUCCAAAAGCUAUUGACACAACUUGUGCAAGUUAUACAGGUGUUUUAGCAUUUUGUGAAUCUGCUAUUGUUGGAAGUAAUAGUUCUAAAUAUUGUUUUGGAACAUCUACAGCAGCUACAUGCACUGUUAGAGCUUGUACAGAUAAUAUAACUGCAACAAAAGAUGAAGAUUGUGAGUCUUUCAUGUCAGGAUGUAUUGCUAAAUCUGAUGGAGGUUGUAUUAGUAGAUAAUCGAGAUCAUGUUCUUAAUAAUCAGGAACUGUUAUUACUUGUCCUAAUUUCAGUGGUGGCUUAUAAGUCUCUUCAGUUUGGACGAGAAUUGCAUGCACAAAAUAUGAUACUUGUUAAGAUAGAUUAUGCUCUGACAAAAAAAGCCCUUAAUAAGCCUAGGAUUGUCUUGAUUACAAAUCAACUUGUAGAUUCUUUAAGGUUGGAUCUGCUUGCAUUGAUGUAACAGCUUGUAGUAGUUAUAGUCUACCUGAUACAGCAACUAAUAAUUAAUAAAAGUUUGAUUAUUGUACAAGUAUCAAAGAUAACGUUGGGUUUUUAUGUGGUUAUACAUAAGGAGCAACGAAGUGUUCAGCUAGAACUUGUGAUUAAUUCUUGAGCACUUAUACAACAUUAUCAUGCAUUACUUAUUUAUAGAAGAACAUUUCCACUUUAACUGAAGGUACAUGUAAAUUAGCAGGAAAAAUUUGUUAUUUAGUAAAUCCAGAUUGUGAAUACAGUUAUGCUUCCACUGAUAAUAAUGAUUCUCUUAAAUUAACUUAAUGUAGAAAGUUUGUGAAUGUUUAAGGACAUCAAUGUACAUUUAAAACAGGCGAUACUAAAUGUAGUUUAUAAGAUACAUGUGAAAAAUUAAAUGAUUAAACAGAUGCAAGAACCUGUAAUACUUAAAACAAUUUUUAAGCUUUUGGAGAAUGUUAGAAAGUCACUAAUUCAAAUUGUCUAUCAUUAUCUAAGGAUUGUUCUUCCUAUAAAUUUGAUUCUACAUUAACUACUAUUUAAAAAUAAUAAUUAUGUUGGGGAUUGUGGAUUAUUGUUGAUCGAGAAAGAUUAGCAACACCAUUAGCAGAAUAUAAGAAAUGUGUGUUUAAAGCAGGUAGUUCAUGUGAUGCUAUUACUAAUUGCUUAGAUAUUUAUUCUGCUUCAAGUUAAAGAGAAUGUUAAGGACUUUAACCAGGAUGCUUAUAUUUUGGUGGUAAGUGUAAUGCUGCUGUUUCUUCUGGCAAUUGUCCCUCAACAUUUCCAACUGGAAUAACAACAGAUUCUUAAAAAUCUCUAUAUUGUAGAAGUAUCAAAGAAGCCAGUGAUUAUUGUAGAAUAAAAUCUGAUAAAAGCUAAUGCGAACUAGCAAAUAAUGCAAAUUGUGCUGGUAUUACAAUUCCUACUUCAGGUAGUUGGGAUUCAAUUAGUGAUCCAACUUCAAAUGCAUUCAAAUCUUCUUAUUGUCUAGCUCAAUCAUAUUAAGAUAGAAGUAAAUUAUGUAAAUAUACUUCUGGAAGUAACUGUAGUGAUGCAACAUGUGCAGAUAUUUCAUCACCUACUGGUUAAGGAGAUUGUGAUAAUUACAUAUCUGGAUGUAUUUAUUUUAAUAAUAAAUGUUAUGCACCAGGAAGUGUUGAAAGCGAUGGUGAUUGUGCUGAUAAUAAUAAAGUACCUAUGGAUUCAGGAUUAACAGCAACAUAAAAAUUAGCAUAUUGUUAAUUAUAUGCAAAAUCUUAUAGAUCAAUAUUUUGUACAUUUGAUUAAUUUAAUCCUACUCCUCAAACCCAAUGUGUUGUUGGUAGUAAUUGUAAUGCCUAUACAGAAUUGCCAAAUACUAAUGAUGCUGAUGAAUCAAUAUAUUGUUUAAAUAAAGUUAAUAAAAUUGGUAGGAGUUGUGCAUUCACAGUAGGUGAUACUACAUGUAGAGAGUUUGAUUGCUAGGAUAUAAAGAAUCCAAUUUCUUAAAUAGAUUGUGACUUAGGUUCAUAAGGAGGCUUAUGUGCUUAUUAAUAAGGUGUGUGUUAUAAUUGGAAUGAAGAUUGUUAAAAUAUCCCUGCUUUAAGUGGAAAUGAAUAGAUUUAUUGUGAAUCAUUAUUAACAAAAUUUUAGUGUACUUAUAUAUCAGGAACAAAAUGCACAGAUUUUAAAGAGUGUCAUCUUUAUAGUGUAACAGAAAAUUAAGCCUCUAUUUGUGCAAAAUUGACAGAUGGAACAGAUAAAUGUACUUACAUUUCUGGUAAUAAUUGUGUCUUAUUGGGUUCAUGUGAAAGUUAUGAUGGAACAGGUACAGCAGAAAAGGGACCUGCAGAAGGUUCAGAAGAGAUAGAAUGUAAAGCAGUUAAAUCGUAUCUUUUAAUAUUUAAAUAUUGA